UCUGGCUCCCCUAAAAAUAUUUCAAAUAUGAAUAAACUGAAAAUCCCUGAGAUGAACGAUUGGACGUCGAAGUCGACUCGCAGCCGUGACGACAUGGUGGAGGUGUACGAGAACGUGACUCGCAUCGUCUGGGUGGACCCUAAACAGCCAUCUGCAUCCGGGAAGAAGGUGGUCAACAUAUUUGUUGAAAAUUCAAAAAAAAUAACUCAGAAGAAAGUCAAAGCUAAAGUUACUUGGCAACUUGUGUGUCACGGUAUUUACCAACGAAAACUGAACACCGACGACGACCCGACACUGAACACGAAACCUGGAAACGAGGCCCUGGCAUCUAAGGAUUCGAAAUGCAGUGGAGAUGCGGGAUCUUCAAAGAGUUCCAAGACGAUUGCUGCUAAUGUGGCUUCCCAAAAGCAUGAGGCGGUUCUAUUGGCCAAAAAUUUCUUUUCUAAAUUGUUAAAAUAGCGUACUAAAUAUUUCGAACACUGUGCUAAACAUAAAUCUUUCGAUGUAAAUACAAACCAAUACUUAAUAUCAUA